AUUGGUAGUGAUUUUUCUAUUUUCUCCCUCCUUCUCUAUCUACUAAUUGCCCUUGAGUGGCUGUAUAAAAGGCUGCGUGUUGUUUUUCAGUUCACGCAGACACCAACAUGUCUCUCCUUCAACAAAUCAUCAUUGCUUCCCUGGCAGCCUUCGUGGCCGCCCAGUGCCCCUCAAAUUUCUUCGAAUCCGGUGGCCACUGCUUCAGCGUCAUUGACAAACCCGGGGUGAACAUGACCUGGGAGGAGUGCAGGGGUCUGUGUGAGUUGGAGGGAGAGGGGGAGUGGAAGGUCGACCUGGCCGUCUUUGACAAUGCUGAACAACUGGAAGCCUUUUCCAUCACCUGGCUGGAGAUCUCCAAUACACUACCUGAACAUCCCUACAUGUGGAUCGGCGUGCACAAGGUGGACGGCCAAUGGGUUUCCCUGGACGGCACUCACAUCACUCACCAGAACCUGAUGUGGCACGUGGGUCACCCUCACGACAUGGGCAUCAACACCUUCCUGGAGGACAUCACCAGGACUACCGGCGAGAAUUCCUAUGGACGUCUGUACAUGAGCUGUUCAAUGGGAGUGCACGAGCACCACAGCCGCUGUCUCUGUGAGGCUAACUGAUGGAAUCAACGCAAAGACAAAAGUGACUAAGCUUCUCCCUCUCCUUCCCCUAAUUUUUUUCCUUCUUUUCUUACUUUUCCCUCUCCUUCAUCUCUGUAUAAGUUUUCUUCAUCCCCUUUCUUCUUACUGACUGUCCCACACACGCAUAUAUUGAAAGUUCAGAAGUAUUUGACAAGUAUAGUGAAAAUCGUUAACCAAGAAUCUGCUCCACACUAUAUGGAAAAAGAAAUUUUGAUACAAAGAAAAUAAAGAAAUUCCAUCUUCACACAGAGGAAAACUCAAGAACAUAACAUGUUUUUCUGACGCAUUAAUCCCUCGUAAACAGCUUGUCAUAUCAUGAGACACAUUCAACAGCGUCUCGACGAUCCAAGUCUUAACUCUUCAGUCAUCCCUUUAAGCUGCCAAGGCGCCGCUCAUAGAAAACUGAUCCACGUUACUUGCACGUGUGACUUAGUUACCCUGUCCUUUAUAUCAAACACUAUAUUCGGCACAUGCAGCUUUUCCUCAUACGAAAGAAUAAAGAAAUCUAUACA